AAUGUUGCAUCAUUCCCAAAAAGACUCAUGGCUGUAUUAGCUCAAAAAGGUGCUUCUACUAAAUACUGAGCAAAGGGUCUGAAUACUUAUGGCUGUGUGAAAUUUCAGUUUUGCUUUUUUAAUAAAUCUGCAAAAAUUUCAACAAUUCCGUUUUUUCUGUCAAUAUGGGGUGUACAUUAAUGAGGGGAAAAAAUGAACUUAAAUGAUUUUAGCAAAUGGCUGCAAUAUAAAAAAAAGAGUGAAAAUUUUAAGGGGGUCUGUAUACUUUCCGUACCCACUGUAAGUUACGAGACUAAAGUCAUAAGAAUUAAGUCUUAUUAUUAAGAGAAAAAAAAGAAUAGAGUACGAAGAUAAAUCAUGUUAUAUGGUCAAAUUAUGACUUCUCUCGUAAUAAUACAACUUUAUUUUUACAAAUAAUGUUUUGUCACAGAACUUUUUUCACUCACUAUUACCAAUUUAUCCUCAUGGGAGUAUGAUUUGUUUUCAUAAAAUUAUAUUCUUGUAAAACAAAAUUUUUUGUCAUAAGAUUACAACAUUCACUCUUACAACUUUAUUCUUAAAGAUUACAAACUUAUUAUUUAGGAUGAUGGCUUUAUUCUUUAUUCUCCUAAGAUCUAAUUCAAUUGUGACUUUUCUCUUACUUACUACUACUUGUAAGAUUCAGUUUUUCUUGUAAUAUUGCCCAGUGGCUGAAGCCCCACCCAAAAAAAAACUUUUCAAAUUAUUUAGUAUUAUGUUUUAAUGGAAUCGUUUUAUUGUCUUAGCCCCCCCACACCCUAAAGCUGAUCUUCAGCCCCUAAAGCAAAGUUGGGUUUCCACAAAAUGCAGAACCCCCCCAACAGUCAAAUUCCGACUCUUCUCUUACUAUUACGAGUUUUUCUUGUAAUAAUACUACUCAAAUCUAUGGAUCAGUUUUUAAUCUUAAGGGUUUUCUGUCAAAUUACAAUUGCUUUUUCUCUUAACGUUAAGACUUGUUCUCUUUGCCAUUUUACUCUCAGAAAGUUUUUUCUCGUAAUAUAACAUCUGUAAUCAUAUUUACGAUGCGACUUUAAAAAAAAUCUUUUCACAAUGGCCUUAAUUCUCCUUUGUAAAUGUAUCUAUGAAUCCAAGCAGUAGAUUCCAACAGCUAAAAAAAAAUACAUUAAGGCUGCAUCACCACUGAGUGACCGUGUUAUAAGCUUAUUCAUAUAUUAUGAAUAAUAAACAAUGAAAACAAUACAGUACAAUUGUUUGGCUGUUUUUUCUACUUGUUGGUCCACAUUAGAGAAAAAUAUAUCAAUUUCUAAAUUAAUUACAUGUGAGAAAAUGCUUUGUGUGGAGAAGCAAAACAUCAUUACUGCUAUUUUUCAGCGACAUGUUUUAUUGCAAAAAAGAGAAUAGAUUGUUGGGAAAAAAUGACUUGCAGGGAACAAACAGUUUAGGUUGUAAAUGUAGGCGAGUGCUUCUGCAGAGAAGACCUUGCUUUCUCUCACCUUUUACCACUGGCAAAGCACAAACUUCCCUAUAAGCAAGCAUGUUCUUCCUAAAAUCCACACUGUGCAGUAUGUGUGCCUGUGAUUAGUCAAAUGUCCACUCGCUCCACUUCCUCAUUCAACUCAACAUAACACAACUUCAGCAUAAACUCUCUCCUUUUGCAAGACCAAUUUGCUGAGGGGGUUGAUUCCUCUGUGAGAGUUAAGGCUUCAAAAUGCGAUUGUGCUCUUUUUUAUGUGUCCUUUUUAUCUGUGGAUGUUUGAGUUCUUACCAGGCCAAGCUGAUUCGACACAAGCAAAACAUUGUGAAUGAUAGACCUGUUAUUGGCCGAACCGUGAGUAUGCAGAGGACUACUAGACUUGAUUUUUGCGCUGGCUCUCGUGCCCUUGCAGGUAUUUUGACUCAGAUUGUUUCAGAUGAAGUGAUGAAACAAUAUGGGAGCACAUACAUACCUGCCUCCUACGUCAAGUACAUUGAGUCGGCGGGCAGCCGAGUGAUGCCUAUCAGACUGACUCUUACCACUGCUGAGUAUGGAAACAUAUUUAGCAGGAUAAAUGGGCUCCUGCUCAUCGGUGGAGCCUCCAAUCUUGAGACAUCUGACUUUGCAAGAGUGUCAAAGAUUUUUUAUCAGCUUGCUCUGAAGGCUAAUGAGGCAGGAGACCACUUCCCAGUGUGGGGUACGUGCUUGGGCAUGCAGCUGCUCACUGUCCUGGUGUCCGGCCAUAAUUUCUUGACCAAAGCCACGGCUGAGAACGUGGCCUCGCCUCUCAACUUAACACGAGCGGCCUUCUCCAGUCGCAUGUUUGCGGGCUUCCCUCAGGAGCUGAUGAAGGCUUUGCAAAAAGAACCUCUCACUGGUCAAUUUCACCACUAUGGACUCACAUUGAAAGCCUUCAAGCAAAACUUAGAGCUGCAGGAUUUCUUCUCCCUGAUCUCUACAAAUGUUGGUGAAAAUGGAGUAAACUUCAUCUCAACCCUCGAAGGCAAGAAAUACCCCUUCUAUGGGGUGCAGUGGCACCCAGAGGUCAACUGUUUUCAGUGGGACAGCAGAAAGAACUUUCCUCACUUGCCUCACGCCAUCCAGCUGUCGUCACUCCUGGCCCAGUUUUUUGUAAAUGAAGGGAGGAGAAGUUUACAUAACUUUGAUGACCCUAAAGAAGAGGCCUUGACACUGAUUUACAACUACACGCCCGUUUUUGCAGGAAACUUCAGCGGAUAUGAGCAGAUCUAUUUCUUCUGAAAAGCUGUCCUAAAAAAAAGUCAUACUUCACAAUGCAGACGAGUCAUGCACCACCAUGUGACCUCAAAGAAGUUUUUUUUUUUUUUUCCCUGUACUUUGAAUAAUUGUUUUGUAUUCCCAUGUUUUUUGUAUAGAGGCUCAGACAUACUGUAUGUAAUUAUUCCAAAUUAGGAGUAGCAAAGUAAAGCAAAGCAAAUUUAUUUAUAUAGCGCAUUUCAUACACAAGGUAACUCAAUGUGUUUUACAUGAUUAAAAGCAUUUAAAAACAACUAAAAAAAAACAGUUUAUAAACAUUUAAAACAAAGAGGAAAAUAAAUGACGUCACUUAUGUUGGCAACUUAUUCCAUUUGUGUGCAGCAUAAUAGCUAAAUGCUGCUUCACCGUGUUUGUUUUGGACUCUGUGCUCCACUAUUUGACCUGAGUGUCGAUCUCAGAGCCCUACUGUGUUUAUAUUCCCUUAGCAUUUCUUUCAUGUAUUCAGGACCUAAACCGUUUAGUGAUCUAUAGAACAGUAGCAGAAUUUUAAAAUCUAUUCUAAGCCCAGUGUAAAGGCUUUAGAAUUGGAGUAAUAUACUCUGUACAUUGUAUUCACUAGCAAAGCAUUGAUUUUGCAAUCUAUGAAAGAACAAAACUGAAAACAAAUCUAUGUUAUUGUUUUGCUGUUUUAUUUCAUGCAAUCAUUUAUAUAUUGCACAUUUUUAGGGGGGAUUUAAUAACAUAAUUAGUUACUUUUUACAUUUUUUUUUAGUUAAUAUGGGGAAUCAAAACAUUGCCAGCAAAUAACACUGGGGGACAAUUUUGAAAAAAAAGAAAUCUGUUGAGUUAGAUUUUUAUGCUGAUUAAAACUAAAAUUUGCAUGCUGAUUUCAAAAUUGCAGUCAGUUUUUUUUCUAGCACAUCAAGUUUUUUUUUAUUACGGAGCCCCCCUGGUGCCAAGGUAUGAGAAAAAUGAAAUUCAUUGAUAAUCUGUUACCUCAGUUUAGGAAACUGUACCCUCAGUUUAGUAAACUGUACCCUCAAUUCAGUAAUCCGGACCAUAAUUACUAAAUUGAGGGUACAGUUUACUGCACUCUUUUAGUAAACUAUACCCUCAAUUUAGUAAUCCGGACCAUAAUUACUAAACUGAGGGUACGGUUUACUAAAUUGAGGGAACAGAUUACUAAAUUGAGGGAACAGAUUAUCAAUGAAUUUCAUUUUUCUCAUACCUUGGCACCAGGGGGGCUGCGUAUUUUCUCCACGGCUUACCCUCCUGAUAAGCAAAAUUCCACUGAUUAGCUGUAGUCAGACUUGCCAGCUGAUUACGAUUGGACUCAUCUAUAGCUACGUGGCAACUUAACUGAGAGUGUGUGAGGUGUGUGCAGCUCCCAAUAGGUCAGUACUAUCAAUAUCUGCAAACAGAAAGCUAGCAUAGUAGGAAUUAAGAGGAUUUGUGCCAUAUCCGUUGUAAAACAUAAUACUGUUAAAUAAACAUUGCCGUCA